AUGAACAACCAAUUCUUAUAAGGUCGAUCUUAAAGCAUUAGAUUUAUAUAGACUCAAACAAUAUAUGAAUAACCCUUCUUUACUCCCAAUAUUGAUGUUCUCUCCAUCUCUGAAAAUCUCAAUUUAGAAAAAAUUAAAAAAUAGCCAACAUCUAGAUAUUAAUCUCCUCAAAAAUGGCAAGAAUCUUUCAAAAAACCCUAAAUUUAGUAAGCUAAAAUCAUACAUACUCAAGAACAAGAAGCUUAAAAAUAAUUCAAAUAAUUACAAGUAAAUUAUGAUGAAAAAAUAUUAUUUCAACCUAAAGAAAUGAUUUCCAAACCUACAACAGAGUAUAAGUAACUUAUAGUAAAAGCAAAAACUUUACUCUUAUAAUAACGUACAUUAAUUAUGAAAAAAUAUUUUAAAAUAGCUUCCCUUGCUAUUAUCGCAGCUAUUAGAAUCAGGAAAUCAUUAAACUAUUCACUUUGGAAGAAGUAUCAGAUGUAGCUGAAAAAUAUAAGUUUUUUUCUCAAAUUAGAAUUAGUACAGACUGAACGAAUAAAUGCCUGGUGUAAAGCAGUUUGUGCUAAAUCACUUACUUCAGUAAAUCAAUAACUUCAUAAUUUUAUUGAUUUACCUAAUGACAAAGAAAAGGUCGAUUAAUCAAUGAUGAAAUCAAUUAAUUCUUGUUAAUUUUUAUUAGAGAAUUUAGCAUACUUUUCAUAACCAAAAUACUUUUGUGAAGAAUUGAAAUAUUAUUUAUUAAGUUAAGUAUUUUUAGAUCAUAAAGCGUAUUUUUCUAAAUUUGUUUCUAGUAGAACUUUAUAUUUACACACAAAAAAUAGAUAAAUAAAAGAAGAAGAAUUAACUAUGAUUUUGGUUGAAUCAAUACUAAUCGAUUAAAUUAUAAUGAAUAUUUUUGAUUCAAAUUAAAAGUGCUUGUUUUUACUAAAACUCAUCGCAAGCCUUCUCUAAUACCUUUUCAUUAAAAAAUUUAUAAAACUUAAAUAAAAAAAAAGCAAUAUAUAAAAAUUAAGUGCUCAUUAAAUUAUAUAAAUAGGGAAUAGAAUUAAAUUAAAUUUAAUUUCUAAUCCAUCAGCAAAUGAUCUCAUUAUCAUAGGACUUUUUACAAAUGAAGAAUUACAAUCUCUUUUAAAUUAUAAAAAAGUUGUAUCAAAAGUAAUAGAUUAGAAUUUUGAGAGAUUUUGUUGCAAUCUUCACACAACUGUUUUUGCCUGA